AUGCAGAGCAGUCCCAAACCAGUUUUCAGGCCGUUCCGGCCGGUCCGCAUACCCCGGCACAGUCGCUGCGGAGGCUCUCUUGGGGCACCCUGCCACCCACCUUCCCCCAGGGCAUUCUCGGUAGAUGCCAGUCCCUCUACACCCACCAUCAAACCUCCAGUCACUUCUUGGGAAGCCCUAGGCGCCCCCAAGGAGUGGCUGCGGGGUAACCGAAGCUCCGACUCCAAACUUCGGACCCCACCCCCAACCCUUCCCACCGUCCGGGUUUCCAAGGCAGCCCCGGUACCCAUCGUCGCGGCUACUAAAACUCCAGUUCCAGAACUCUCUCCCCACCCCCACCCCCCACCUCCAACCCCAUCGCCUUCCCCCUGGUUAAGGAAGGGCCGAUUCCAAACUCCAGCCCCAAGUCCCUCCACCACCCACCCCGAAUCUCUCCCAAUCACCUGGGUUACUGAAGCUCCAUUUACCGCCCCGCGCCCCCAUUCCCCACGGCUCCCGCCCCCGAAGCUCCUGUUCAGACCCCCUCCCCCCAGCCCCGUUCUCAUCCCCAGGAUUUAUAGACACCCCAGUUCCAAACCUCAGAUCCUCCCUUCCCCCGCCCCCAUCCCCAUAGCAGGUCUCCUGGGUUACCGAGGCUCACUUUCCAAACUCCAGGCCUCCCUCUCCUCCCGGUCCCUAGCUCCACGGUCGCGGCCCCCCACAGCCCAUCUCUACGGUACCUGGAGCCACGGACACAUGCACCGGAGCCGCCCUCCGGUUUCUGCCAGGCCUGAUGGGGAUCCCGGGCUUUGUCGCUGA